UACUUGCAGCUGCAGUGGCAGUGAAGGUGGAGAACCUCCUUCUUCCCACUACCUGCUCUGGAAACUGCUCAACAGCCAGUUGGGGGCAACCCAGCCCGAUACAGCAUGUGAGAGCCCUCCCGAGCACAUCGGUUACGCCAGAUGCAACUGCUGUAAGGAAGUAAAAGAAACAUUUUCUGAAACUGUGAAGCUUUUUUAGAGGAAGAUGGAGAACCCACUUCUUUUAUUCCCCCAACUAAAUAUUUCUGCUUCAAAGGAUAAAUCCUAUUACAAAGUCAUGAAAUCAACAAUUAAAGAAGAGCCACAUAAAGCAAGCAAGCCUGGAGCUAAGCAGAAGAGAAAUAGGCUGAGCCUUCUCCUGCAGAAAUCUGAAUUCCAUGAAGGUGAUCAUCUUGGUAAACCUGGAAGCUUGACAAAAGCAGCAAGCAGUGUGUCUCCUGAAGAAGCAGUGAAAUGGGGAGAAUCUUUUGACAAACUGCUUUCUGAGAAAGCGGGAUUGGAUGCCUUUACAAAGUUUCUGAAAACUGAGUUCAGUGAGGAGAACAUCGAGUUCUGGAUAGCUUGCGAGGAUUACAAGAAAAGCAAAGCUGCACAUGAACUUUUGCCAAAAGCUAAGACCAUUUAUGAAACAUUCAUACAGAAAGAUGCUCCAAAAGAGGUGAAUUUGGACUUUCAAACCAAAGAAGUCACAAGUCAGAAUAUUGAACAGCCCAUCAUCACCACCUUUGAUGCAGCACAAAACACAGUCUACAGGCUGAUGGAGCAAGACAGCUACCCACGCUUCCUAAGAUCUGAUCCUUAUUUAAAUUUGGUUAAGGGGAGAAAUCCCAGUCGUCCUACCCUUAGGAGACGAUCACGAUCUUUUACUGUCAGUGAUUUCCAGGGUGUACAACCAGACUUUACCGUUUGGUAACAGGGAAACUCAACCCUCAUAAGUUCUAGCUACUGCAGCAACUCAUAUGUGUUUUAAAAUCCAAAUCUUUAGCAGGUGUGAAUGAGUGGAAAGCAAAGUUACAUGCACUUAUACCAGGUCAGAGUUCUGUAGCUGGUGAUUAAUCUCAUUUAUUAUAGAGAUGUAGGCAACAUAUUGCCAUGACACAUCAUGUAAAGUUUUCAUACAGUAUUUUUUUUAAACUCAAGCAAGAGCUAUAAUCGUAUUUGGAGGAAAAAUUUGAGUUUCCUGCAUAAAAAUGUUGUAUAAAAUGCCAUUUGAUAAUAUCUACCAUGUAUCUUGGACCUGUAUUAUUUAGGACAGAGUUUCAUCACAGUUAGAAUCUAUAUACCUAGCCUUUGCACAUAUUUAUGUUUCUGCAGUAUUUCCUACACUAAGCAUAGAGUAUUUGUGGUAUUUUCUCAUACUGCAAAACACAUAGGAACAUUAUUCAGUAUAAUGUAAAUUACAUGGAUUUUAACUACAGCCACUGCAUAAUUAAAAUUCAGCUAUUGCAUAUUUUAAGAGGAACAUAAGAAUACCUAUUUAAUUUUGGGGGGUAAUGCUGUUUUCAUAUUACAUGUGUCUCUUCUCUGUAUUUAAGUUACGCUGUACAGAUUAGCUUUGCCAUCAAAUACUUGUAUUCUAAUUUUCUGCAACCAAAUGAGCAGCAACAAAGGGGCAAGAGUGCUAUUUUAACACAAUACGUGUCAUUAAAUAUCAGGUCAUGUGUAUGUGUGUAUAUAUAUAUUAAAAAAAAUUCUACUUUUAUUUGUAAGUAUUAAUCGUAUACCAACUUUGUUACUAAACUUUGUUCUAAA